CACCAUAAUAAUAACAAUGGCCAUAAUCAUGAUGAUGAUGAUGAUGAUGAUUCAUAUAAAUCAUUUUUAAUCGAAAUUCUUCCAUUCACCAUAUGGAAUCCGAUUGCCAUAAAAUUAACCGAAAAAUAUCAUCCAAAUAGUAUUGAAAAAUAUUUUUCAUUGAUCAAGAAACAAAUCGAUAAUGAAAACAAUGGUGGUGUUGGUGGUGAUGGUGGUGGUUAUAUUGAUCUUAUUCGGCAAUUUAAUCAUUCACUUUAUCCAAGUAUAAUUGGUUCAAAUGAUGAUCGUUUCAAUCUAAUCAGAUUUGAUGAUAAAAUCAAUCAAAUUCAUCAAGAUUAUUAUCGUCAUUUAUUGAGAAAACAAUCGAUUGAACAUUUGAAACGAAUUAAAAUGCAGAAACUUCAAACAAUCAUUGAUUUAACGAAUAAAUGUUUGAAUAAUCAAUCCAUACAAUCGAAUGUAAUGGCAAUACUUGAUGAAAAACAAUGCCAAUAUGAAGUGGCUAAACAAAAACUUGACAAACAAAAAGAAUUGGAAAAUGUUCGUCAAUUAUUGAUGAAAUCAAACGAUGAUCAGAAUCAGAAUCAUGAUAUUCAUCAACAAUAUCGUACAAUAACAGUCGAAAAUCAAUUAUUAUUGAGAAAAAUUAACAAGUUCACAGAGAUAAAACAGCAAUUACAACGAAUGGAUUGUAAAAAGAUUGAUCGAAUCAGACAUUUGACGCGUAAUAUUUAUUUUAUGGAAAAAUUGUCAUCUACAUCGAUACCAUCACCAAUCAUUAGUAAUCAACAGCAGCAGCAGCAGCAGCCACAACAACAACAACAACAACAACAAAUGGCCAUGAAUUCAAUAAGUCCAUUUUUUUGUGAUCAUCAUGUAAUAUCACCAGCCCUUAUGUUCAAUAAUGAUGAUGAUAAUGAUUACUGUGAUGAUGGAGAUGUCUCUGAUAUAAGUCUUAGUUUUAAUGCACAAUUAAAAUUUUAACAACAUUCCAUACACACACUUGGAGCCAGUAAUUAUAAUUGCAAUUCUUUAAACCCAUUGUGUAUUAUGAUUAUCCGAAUUUUUGUCAUUCGAAUUCCAUUAAUGAUGGACGAAACUAUCGAAUCGAAUGAUAAUAAUAAUAAUAAUAAAUAAUUAUCGUUUGAUAUCAA